AUGAGUCCAGGGUUGAUUCAUGUUCAGUCCGAAGUACAUUUUCAUGAUCUGCUGAAGAAGAAUGAAUUGGUAGUGGUUUAUUUGAAAGCGGAGUGGUGUGGGGUGUGCACCCGAUUUGGACCAGUUGUUGAAAGAAUUUCUAAGGAAAAAGAAAAAGUGUUGUUUUUAAUUGUAGAUGUAGAUAAAUCUCCAACUAUUCAGAAAGAGUUGAAAUCAAAGGCAAUGCCUACCUUUGUUUUUUUCCUUGAUGGAAAAGAGUUCAGUAGAAUUGACGGAGCGAGCGAACAAAUGCUUCAAAACUAUACGGAAACAUUACUACUACAAAAACAACCAUCAUUUAUGGAGAAUGGAAUUUUACAUAUUGUGAAGGAGAAAGACUUUAACGAGUCCUUGAAAAAUCAUGCAAAUUGUGUGGUGGAUUUUUAUGCAGAUUGGUGCCAACCAUGUAAAAUGAUAGCUCCAUCCUAUGAAGAGUUGGCAAAAAACACGACAGAUGUUCUGUUCAUGAAAGUGAAUGUAGACAACUUGCGAAAUGUUAUGACCAAAUGCCGAGUAACAUGUAUGCCAACAUUUUGCGUUUUCAAGGAUGGAAAGAUGAAAGAAAAAAUAGAAGGCGGAUCCAUGCAGCUACUGAAAAAAGCAAUUGACGACUUUAAACUUUCAACAGUAGAAUACACGAAGAGGGAUUUGAUGGCAGCCGAGGCCGAGAUUAAGGGCAGUGCUUCAAAAAGUGGAACAGAAAAGAACAAAGCUACAAUGUCGCCAAAAACAUCAUCAACUGGGAAAAAAGCAAAUCCCACAAUAGCUCAGCCACCAACUAAAAGCGCGCACCAAGUUUCAAGCAGCUCUUCCACCAAAAAAUCAACGACAUCCUCCACCCAUUCAAACAAUAAUCCCCCAAAAAUGGAUGCUUCACCACAAAAACCAAAGGUGGUAAAAAAAGAAGCAUCUUCCAAUUCAACACCACCCAGAGCUUCACAGAAUAUUUUAACAAGUCCUUACCUUUCAUCUGUGCCUCCGUUCCGAUCACCACACAAAGAACAAAAAGUGAAAAAGCAAAAGUCACCUUAUUUGAAUUAA